UGGUAUCAGUGGUUCUGUUAUCUCUUAAAUUUUAAGCUAGUGUUUAGUGCUGUUGUAGUGGUUAUCUUUAUCUUUACUGGAUAGGCUUCAUUAUCUUAUCGAUAACGGGUUGAUUUGGCAUCCUUCGACUGUGAACAGAAAAUUUGUUUGAGUAUAGUAUAGUUCUAGUUAGUUAGAAGUUGGUGUAAAACUAGCUAAUCAGCAUUUUCGAACUUUUGAAAUUGGUUUGAGGAAUGCUUCUGAAUCUGAAAGGCAGAGAACAGCAAAAUGAGUAGGCCUAACUCAGAUCUUGAUCAGCUGAUUGAGCUGUUCCCAAAUGUUUCAGAGGAAUUCUUGAGUGGAAUUUACAAUGCUUACGUAGAUGAUGAACCUACUGUAGAACAACUAGUUGAGGUAAUUUGUAGUUUUGAGUUCCCGUUGACUAAAGAAACUACUAAGGAAGAUCAUUUAGAAACUGGUAGUGUUGAUACUGAUACAACUGCUGAAGUUGUGGUUGAUGUAAGUCCAAAAGUAAUUUGUGCUGGAAACUCAAAUGUUUGUCAACCGCUUGUUAAUGAGUCAUCUCAAAAGUCUUCUUUGAGUAAUGGCAAAUUGCUUUCAGCCAUUGUUAAUGGUAAAGAUCUCUCGGAAAGAAAUGUGAUCAUGUCCGAAGCAGAAAACACAGUGUUUGAGGAACCAUGUAGCCCUAUCCCACAAGAUAAAUAUGAGCCAAAUAAUAACUCUUUUGAAAAUUUUACUGAAGUUAAGGCUUCUACAUCUAGAUCUGGGACCUUGUUAAUAGGAGAAGUGCUUUUGGAUACAAUUGAUUUGUCGAUUGGAGAUGAGGAUGAUUCCUCACCUGAAUGUUUUAUCAAAUAUCUCGUGAAAGAAAAUGAUGUUUUGAGUGAAGAUGAGAAUGAUUCUCCUCCUGAGUGUAUGAUCCAAUUUCUCGUGAAGGAUGAUGUUUUGAGUGGAGAUGAGGAUGAUUCUCCUCCUGAGUGUUUUAUUAAAUAUCCUUUCCUUUUGGCAGAAAAUUAUGUUUUGGAAGUAAAUAAUAUUUCUACACAAUCGGAGGAAGCUAAGCAACUACCUGAUGUUUCCAAAGAAUCAAAAGAAGUUGAACAAGCCUCAGACAGUAAAAAACUAACAAAUAGUUCAUCGUUUCUCAAGGCAACACCAACUCCCCGUCGUAGGAGGAAUAGCAGUUCAAAAUCAACUGUGUCAAACUGCUCUGCCAAGCAGGCAAGGUUGAGAAGCUGCAAAGUUAAAAAUGAAGAAGAAAGGUUGCGGAGGAAACUUGUCAAUCAAAACCGGCUCUUGCGUGAAAAGCUGGUGAAAAACACAACUGUUGUCGCACCUUCGCAGUUUCAAGAUCCCGAUAAGAAAUAUGCCUUACUCUGCAAUAUUUUUUCAGAUGCCAACCCCGAUUAUCUGCUAAGCCAAUGUAAACUAUUGAAGGACCAAGAUAGUAUUCUUGCCUUUAUUUCUAAAAAUCUUGAGUUGAAAAAUUAUCCAAAAACACAAUCUGUUGAGGAGGAACCUAAACUCGCACAACCUGUUGAGGAGGAACCGAAACUCAUGGAAGAAUUUCACUGCACUGUUGCACAGUUCUUGGAAGCAAUUCCAGAUCCAUUGGUAGAGUUUUCAAGUGCUGGAUACAUCAGAACUGGUUAUAAACAAAACGCUGAAAUUUACUUGAAAGCAAGGUACCAAGGAAUAAGUGAUAAAGAUAUAAAAGAAAGUCUGGAAGUGAGCGGAUACAACCUGACGGAAAUUUGUGCCCAGUUUGAGAGGGAAGGACAUAUCCCUAUUCCUCAAGUUUUGGAAUACACCCCACUCCACCAUCCUGUCAAUGUGUUCUUUCAUCAGGAGGUGUGGUAUAUUGAGCACAAAAAUGAGAUUCAACAAUACCUUGACAGUGCCAUUGAGGCUGCUAGAUUCCAAGAAGAAAUCAACAGACCACCUCCACCUCCUGUUGAUGAAGUGUUUGAAUGUGAAGUUUGUGCAGAAGAAAUAGUGGAGUACAUCAAUCUAGGAACAUGCGAAGGGCCUGUUGGUCACCUGUUUUGUGUUGAUUGCAUUAAAAGAAGUGCCGAGAUUAAAAUUGGUGAAGGAGAGACGAGCUUCCCUUGCCUAAUGAACUGUGGAGCUGUCAUUCCUUUGCGAACUGUUCAGGAGCUGCUGCCCAGUCACAUGGUUGAGAAGCUGAUGGAUCGUAUACAGGAGGAGGAGAUACGCAGGGCCAACAUUGCAGGCGUAGAGACCUGUCCUUUCUGUCCUUACGCUUACGGCCCUGGCGAGGAAACACUGUUUAUCUGUCAGAACCCUACCUGCAUGAAGCUGUCUUGCAGAAUUUGCCGCAAAGAAGAUCAUUCUCCCGAGAUGUGUGAAAUAUUCAAAGAAGAGGAUGAAGAGAGAGCUCGGCUUAUUAUUGAAAACCGUAUGACUGAGGCUUUAAUGAGGACAUGCCACAGCUGCAAUAAAAACUUUGUCAAGUCUUCUGGAUGCAACAAGAUGAUCUGCAAUUGUGGCGCAAUGAUGUGUUACGUUUGCCGGCAACCUGUCAAAGACUACUCACACUUUAAUGGCGAUGGAGGUGAUAAUUUCGAUAGAUGUCCCUUGUUUUCUCAAGAUGUGGACUUGCAUGUUCGACCUGUCGCAGAAACGGCUCAACAAGUGUUCAACGAGAUUGCUGCCAACAACCCUCAGCUAAACUUGGACCGAACCAAACUUAUCCCCAAAUAGACUUAAGUGACGCUCAUAAUCUAAGAAUUGACAAGCUUUUUUGAACCACCUCAGAUCGACUAAACUAUUAAAUUAUUUAGGAAGAUUAACCCUUCUUGGUGCAAUUUGUAAUGUUUAUUGCCGUUUUUGACAAAGGUUUUUGCUGAAUUUGAAGGGAAAUUGAGUUUGUGAUAAUAUGAAAAUAACUUGCGUUUUCACUAUUACAAGAACUGUGAUUAAAUAUUAUUCAAGCGUCUAGACUAAAUAACUCUAUACCGGUACAGUAACUCAUAAGACUUGAACCACCAAAGUGCCUUGUAACUAAAUGUGUUCUUUAAAUAUAGUACAAUUUUAAUUUACUAAUACUGAUAUUUUCCUAUUAUUAUCUGUUAGUAAGAUAAUUGUACGGGUUCUUAGUUACUGCUUAUUACUGUUACUGCUAUUGGUGCUACAGAGUUCCUAUAUGAUGCCUAAUUACUGAGGGACAUUAUUAGUUUUAAGUGCAUUUUUGUUAUUUUGCUCUAAAAGAGUUUUAGAUGUAAGAUGAGCUGCCAAAAGUAAAUACUUUGUGAUACAUUGAUGCUCAAGUAAGAUAAAGAAAAAAGCCAUUGUUAUGCAUUAUCUAUCUCUUUUAUCUUUUGUGUAGAUUUUCAAGAAAACUGUUUUGUUUUUUACUUUUAAAUAUACUUUAACUGUUACUCCUCAAAUUGUAAUUACAUUAUAGUGUUCUUAUGAUUGGAUCCUUUUGUAUUGUACUUGACUGAUAUUUAUAAAUGUUA